AUGAGUCGUCAAGGUGUUGUCCCAGCUGGAAUUGUUCAUCAACUUCUUGACAAUGAAAACUACCUGGAUUGGAGCGUUUGGGUGAAAACCUACUUGAUGGGUGAAGAUCUUUGGGACAUUGUGGAAUCCAUGGAUGAACCUCCAAAACCCGAAGAUGGUGAUGAAUUCAAAAAUAUAACUUCUGCCAAAGAAGCUUGGGAUAUUUUGGAAGGAAAAUUCAAGCCUCAAUCAGAGUCCGAAGACGACGACAAAGUGAAUAUUCCAAAUGAUCAAUACCAACAACACGAACGGUUUCACAAAGCUCUGCAAGAUGGAGACCGAAAUGCUACAAGGGAAUUCAUUACGCAACACCCAAAAGCAGUAAGAACAAUAAUCACACUUACAGGGAGGACGGCCCUUUAUGUUGCGGUCAUGGCCGGACAUACAGAAAUUGUGGAGACAGUACUGGUGGAGAAAAUGUCACCAAAAGACUUGGAAAUGAAAGACUCAAUUGGUAUUACAGCUCUUACAGCGGCCAUUUAUUACAAUGCAAAUAUCAAAAUAGCCGAAUGCAUGAUUCAAAAGAACAAGAAAUCACCAAUCGUGGUUGAUCAAGGGGAGGUGAUGCCGCUGGUAAUGGCCUUUCGUGUUAAUCAUAUUGAAAUGGGUCGUUAUCUAUACUCAAUUACACCAAUAGAAGAUUUACUAGCAUCGGACGGCAAUCGUGCACAUGCUGUUGGGCUCAUAAACCAAGCAAUAAUUGGAAAAUGUUAUGAUGUUGCUUUGCAUCUUCUGCAGCGUUGUCCACAGUUGGCCACAACUAUUCAUACGUCUACACUUCGUAGUCCUGUGCAUCGCAAUAUAUCCAAGUGGACGUCCAUUCAAAUUUUGGCAAAAAUGGAUAUAUGA